UUUAGACACAGUUUUCUUGGUCAAGUAUCCCGCGACCUUCAAGAACUUUAUCUAAAUUGUUGGUGAGCGAUUACCUCUAGAAAGAAGUCCUGUAAGAGGAGUUCAUGCUGAGGAAAGCAACUGUGUUCAGCUCAAGGAAGUAACAACCGAGAUGACACCUUUGAUGUUUAAAGAUGCUUUCUGGGGGUCUGAUUUUACUUGCCACGCCGGUUAUGACGCUCUGAUCCAAAGGUUACGAGAUGGACGGCAAAUGUGCAAAGAUGUGGAGGAGCUUUUAAAGAUGAGGGCUCUAGCAGAGGAGAAGUAUGGGAAGGAACUGGUGACUAUUGCCCGUAAAGCCGAAGGACACACAGAGAUCAGCACUUUGAGAGCAUCCUUUGAACUAUUAAAAACACAAAUCGAGAACAUCGGUAACUUUCACAUCCAGCUAUCUGAUAUAUUGAAAGAGGAGGUGAAAAAGAUUGAGACAUUCAGAGAACGGCAGAAAGAGCAGAGGAAGAAGUUUCAAAGCAUAAUGGAGAAGGUUCAGAAGAAAAAAGUGACUUUGUACAAGAGGGCCGUGGAGUCUAAGAAAACCUACGAGCUGAGAUGCAAGGAGGCAGAUGAGGCAGAGCAGGGGGCUGAGAAGACAAAUGUCCAAACAUCCAAAAACUCAGAAAAGGUACGCACCAGAGCCAAGCAAUGCAGACAGGCAGCCAAUGAAGCAGAGAAGCUCUACUUUACCAACAUCGUUCAGCUAGAAAGUGUUCGCCAGGACUGGGAAGAAACACACAAAAGCACCUGUGAGGUGUUCCAGCAGCUGGAGGGAGAUCGCAUCAGCAUGCUGAGGUGUGCUCUCUGGGACCACUGCAAUCAUUUCUCCAUGCAGUGUGUCAAAGAUGAUGAGUCUAACGAGGAGGUGAGGAAGCUACUGGAACAGUGUGACAUCAUCACAGACAACAACUUUUUCAUAGGGAUGAAAAGCACGGGAUCGAGACCUCCAGAACCCCUAGUGUUUGAGAGCUACUACCAGACGUCCGGAGACAGCAAUGGCCAAGCUCAUUUCGCAGGAGGAGGAGAUAUGAUGAUGAGGUGCUCUGACCCCCUUCUCGCCAGCUCUAUGAGCAUCGGUGUUGACAGUCUUCAAAACUCACAACCAGCACUGACAUCUUCUGGCGAGUUUGAGAUUUCAGAUGGAGGAUACACGCCCCUACCAGGCCUCCAGCAUGCAGCAUCAUCAGCCACUGUUGCAGCUGAGGAAGACAGCUACAUUGCACUUUAUGCAUACGCUGCACAGGAAGGUGAUGAAAUAUCUGUCAGCAGAGGGGACAUGGUCCGAGUGUUGGAGCAAGGAGAAGAUGGCUGGUGGAUAGUGGAGAGGAACGGGCUGACUGGACUGGUGCCAGGAAACUAUUUGGGCAAAAUCUGAACACACAUGCACAAACAAGAAAAUACAGACAGUAUACACAGUCGAAUGAAAACGCACUAGGGCUGCAACUAUUAGUGAUAAUCUACCAGUUAUUUUCUCGAUUAAUUAUUUUGUUGGAAAACCCUCAGAAAAUAAUGACAAAAGCCCUGUGUAGUUUCCUAAAGCCCGAGGUGAUGUCUUUAAAUGGUAUGUUUCAUCCGACCAACAGUACAAAUAUCCAAAACUAUUUAUUUAUCAUCAUGUAUGACAAAGAUGUGCAUCAAAUUCUCACAUUUAAGAAGCAUGAAACCAGCAAACAUUUGGCUUUUUGCUUGAAAAAAAUGACUAAGACAAUUAUUCUGUGAUAAUAUUUUGUCAACUGACUAAUCGAUUAAUCAGCUAAUCGUUGAAGCUCUACAACACACACACUGUCACACACCAAAACUUGCAUGCUUAGACAUACAUGCAAGUAUGCAUCAUGUGUCUCAUGCCUAUACAGUUAUAUCUUCUUAUCCAGUUGUAGCUGUAUAGGCCAAGAUGUGUCCAAACUUGUAUUCUUGUAACUUGAUUUCUGAGCAUGGAUUGAAAAACUAGUAACUUUCAGUAGGUAGUAGGUUAUUUGAGCAAUUUACUGAAGUUAAAAAGUCAUCAGACAACCCUUGCUUAUUUACACAAUAGAGCUUUCUUGAAAGAUUUCUGAACUGAUCAUUAUUUAUGCAUGAUUAAUUAGUCAUAAAAAGAUAUUAUACUGUAACCCUGCUACCUCAUGUGUUGUACAGCUGGGAUACUCCUUUAACUCUAUAAUACUGUAUAGUGCAGUCUCACUGGACUGAAGAAUGAUAAACCAUCUGGUGUUGAAACUUUGGACGAAUAUUUGGAACCUUUUGGAUGGUUUAAAAUUGCCUCCAAUGACAUUGUUCUGUGAGUAUGUUAUAUUUCCAACGUGAGUCUGAUGCAAGCACAAACAAGUUUCAGUUGCUAAUAGUAAAACAAUUAGUAAUGCAUUAGUGCAGGCCAGGCCCUACUUUUUUAUACAGACAAUCUGAGCUGUGACUAUCAGAUCCCAGACGAGGAGAAAACUGAUAAAACUAUUUAUCUCCAAUUAAUAAGAAAAUGUUUAGUGUACUUCAGCACUUGAUGUGAUAAAUCGUGAGCUACCAUUAAAUGAAGUCAAGUGCACAUGCUCUUAGCAGUGAGUUUUGAGGUGGAAAAUGGUGUGGCAUGUGGUAUCAACUUUGGACAGGUGCAUAACCUGUAGUGUGUGAUUUCACAUUUCCUCACAUAGUUCGACACAGGUAAUAAUCCAGUGGGGUUCAUACCUGUUCUCCUCAGUUCCCCAUUUGCACUGUCCAUUUGAGCAGCUGUUUGCUCUGCCAAGUAAUCCAAAUUUUACAGCGCUGUCCUGCUUUCAUGUUUGGUAAUCCUCUAAAAAAGAUGCUUGAGAUCCUGAAAGCCUCUUACCACCCCCUCUGACCCUCCAAAUAACACACUUGGGAAGCAAAAAAGCAUCUCCUUUGACUGGCUAGCAGUUCUUUCUGGAGAACCAGUCCACCUUAAAUCUUAUAUUUUUACUAGAGGCCUGGUUUAUAACAAUAUCCUGCAGCUGGUGGGCACAGAGGUGUUUAAUGUCAAGUUUUACUUCUAAAGGCAGUCUUUUUGGACAUGUGUAUUGCUGUUUUUCCCACACAAGGGACACCUAAGAUAGCACAUUUAAAACACCAUUUAAAAAUGUAAUAUUCAGUUGCUGGCUUUACACCGUAGAACAAUUACAAAUAAAAACAUUUCAUGUGUUAUUUCAUGACUUUAUACAGACUACUAUUAAUUUCUAAAUUACCCAGUAUCUCUAAAACCACACUUUUUUCUGUUGCCAGCAGGUGGGGCUUCAGGUCUGGUUUGGUUUUGUUUCUCAGGUUCUAUAUGUACCAUUUCUUUAAUGUUUUUUGGGUGUUUGUGAGCUGGAAAAGGUACAACAGAGGGUUACUGUGUAGAGAUAAAAAAAAAUGUCUGCUGUCCACAAGGAAUUUUCUGUGACCUCAGGGUUGACCAUCAGCUAUUCUGUACCAUAGUAGCAGUUUAUAUACCAGUAACUGAAAAAGAAAAACUAUUGUCACAUCUGUCAGACGAUACUGUAGUUAUAUUAAUAUUCUAUUCACAGUUAAAACAUACUCAGAUUUUUUACCGCCUGAACUAUGUAAUGAUUACCUCUUUAUAUGUUUUAACUGAUAACAUGUUCACUCUCAUGUAAAACAGUGCAAAUAAAAUGGCAAUCAAACAGG